GGCCCCUUCUCUUUCUCCUUGCCCUUGCGCUUGUUGCGCCCGUUGGUCGCGCCAUUGACCACGGCUUUGGGGAAUUCCUCGGGCAUAUCAUCGAUAUCUUCGUGUUUUGCACGCUUGGUUCGUCCUGAGCUGUUUGACGAAGUUAAGGGGGGACGAGAGUUGUUCUCCUUGCUCUUGGGUGCUGAGUCGGACGUGGGUGAACCUGCGGGAGACUUGCUGGAGGAGGUAGAGGGAAGGGAACGUCUGCCAGAGCGUCGAGGCUCCUUUGGUGAAGGUGGAGGUCCCAUAGGGGAUACGUUGGCCAUUGCGGCAGUCAACGACGGCGAGGAGGAGAGAUGGACUUGGGUGCAGACUUGCUAGGAGAGAGACAGGGCGUUCGCCCACUUGCGACCUAUUCUCGGCCGGCGCGGUUUUCGACAUUUGUUUUCGCUUCAAUGAGACUUAAAAUUAGGACGGCCGCCAUGACUCAAGCAAGUUCCUCUCGAGAUCCACUCGAACUCGAACGUCUGGCCGAGGAGCUUGCAGAACGGGAGCUCCGUUCUCCCAGGUCCAAAGACUUUUAUUCGGAACAGGAACACGAUCUCCCCGCAUACAUACCUCUCUCACAUGGCAACCCAAAUCUCUCCGCAGAAAACUUUGAUGUCGAAGCUUUCUUACUAUCACGGUCGUACACGUCGUUGCCUGACUUGAGGGCUGAACUGCGGGAUUACCUCGCUGUCCUCAAGGAGGAACUUGUCAAGCUCAUAAACGAUGACUAUGAGGCUUUUAUCAGCUUGAGUACGGAUCUGAGAGGAGAGGGCACGAGGUUGGAAAAGUUGAAGUCCCCACUGGCGGGGCUACGUAGCGAGGUUCUAGAGUCGAGAAAUGAGCUGCAACGAAUACAGGAUGCGGUACAGCUCAAGUUGCAGAAACGAUCUAAUUUGAGAGAGGAAAAAGCCUUCCUACAUCUUCUUUUGAAGAUUUCCGAAUCUGUGACACGUCUAGAAUCACUUCUACUCAUCGCCACCCCCUCAGAAGACGAGCAGAACUCAACAGAAUUUUCUGUCGGUACCCUGAAGGGCUCAACCCGUGCGGGGCACCACGAAGACAGCUUGGAUGACCGCUCGCGCACGAACCGCGCAAAACAUCUUUCCCGAGUAGCAGCAGAGUACACCCAACUCCUUUACCACGUCUCGAAAGCCAAAAGUGACACGUGCGCAUUUGUAGACGAAUGUCAAUGGCGCAUUGACCGAAUAAGAUCUACACUGUCCUCAGAUUUGGACUAUCUAUUCUCCACCACUGUCAGAGCGUUGACCGAUAGCAAACUACUAGGAAAGGACCAUAGGCCGAGCAGUGAAUCGGAGAAAGCCAAACUCAUUACGGAUGUGACGGAGUGUCUACGGACGUAUGAUUCGCUGGGACUCUGGCGUGACGCUGAAGAGGUCCUUAGAAGGGACGUGAUUCAUGAAUUUGUCAAGAAGACCAUCCACCCUGCAGCACUCUCCACGCCUCACAGCCCACUAGUUCCUCAUACACCCUUCCCAGCAUCCCGCCAACCAAGUCAGGGCCCCGAUACGUUUAUACCCCUCCGGACUCCAUAUACCCCAUUCACAGCUUUCGCGUCCAAACAGAAUCCCUUCGAGAUGAGCUUCGAAGCUGGAGGUGUAUCCGCAAUCCAUGCCCACUUAUUGGAUGAUUCCGAUGAUCCUUUAGCAGGAUUGUAUAAUCAGAUCUUGAAGUUCGUAGAGAGGGAUAUGAAGAGGAUCAUGGAGGUGGCCGAGAAGGUCAGUGUGAAGAAUGGGCUGCCGCAAUCGACAUCAAAGGGAGAGGCGAGAGCUCACCUCCUUGGACCGUCCGCUCCAAGCAAGUCUCAGACAAGCCAGGACAAGGACAGCAAGUUCGAGAUUAUGGCAAAUGUUGUUUGGGCUGAGCUUGGGAAGGCUAUCAUGGAGGAGUUGGGACAUGUAGUAUUUGCUGUUGGCAAACCAGACGAGUUCCGGAAGCACCAUGAAACUACCCAAGCCUUCAUACGAUCACUCGAGUUCCUCGCUCCAUCUGUGCAGGCUGUCAAAGCCAUGCGCGCACAUCCGAUCUAUAAUGCAUUCGAACGAAGGUGGCAAUUACCAGUGUACUUCCAGCUGCGUUGGAAAGAGAUUGUCAUCAAGCUGGAAGAAUCGUUAGCUGUCACUCGACUUGAGCGUACACCAGGCAAAGCUCCGUUUGCGACCGCUCAGGGUGCAGCUACUUGGGAAGCAAUCUCAUCAUGUUGGAGUGCUCAGAUUUUCAUUCCGGAGCUGGGACAUCGGUUCUGGAAACUCACACUUCAGCUCCUGAGCAGAUACAAGUUAUGGAUGGAGAACAGCCUCCCACCAAUUGAUGCAUCGUUUCGGUCAGCUGGAGCAGGGAGUGCGGUGGAGAGGCGAGGCAAUAUGUCUGCAUCUUCAGCAUCUGGUACAACCCGUGCGGGCACACCGACAAUCCCAGCAGAAGCCGCUCCUCCCGAGAGUGUUGCUGCGGAUGAAGCACUGGUAGCUCAACUCGCAAUUGCGAUUACCGACAUUAAAGCGGUGGAGACGCAAGUUUGGAAGCUUUGGCACGAAGAGCUUAGUAUAAUGUUACCCGAUACGUCUGCCGUGACAGAAGGGGACAAUGCCAGCUUAGAAGAUGCUCUUCGCCACUCCUUGUCCAAAUUUCUUUCAAUAAUUCCUCCGCUGUCGGGCCAAAUUAUUCACAUACUCUCACGAAGAGGCUGUGAUGCGUUACUGCCUAUGCGUUCAAUUCCAUCACAGUUUAGGGCCAUGUCGUCUAGCAAGCGCUUGCCAACAGAGCCUAGUCAUUUCGUCUCACUGAUCUUCCGACCUCUCAAAGCGUUCUUUGGUAUUGGGGCCAUGGACGGCCCUGCUGCGGAACUCAAAGGCGAAUUACUGGCUAGCUAUACGGAGGAAGUGUUCGAGGCUAUUGCUCAGAGAUAUAUUUAUUUCCUCACCGCGAUGAAGAAAACGGAAGAAUCACUGAGACGCUUGAAGAAAGGCAAGAAGUCCACUUUCUCGCUUUUUGGUGGUGGAGCCGGGAAGGAUGAUGAGGGCAGGGCUGAUGAAGAGAAGAUUCGUGCUCAAAUGAUUCUCGACGUUGAAGCUUUCGGGAAAGACGCAGCUUCGUUAGGGGUGGCUGUCGACAACAGCGCGACUUACCAAGCAUUGAAAGAUUUAGCUCAUUCCAGCUUGGCAGAAGAUUCUUAGCUCAUGUUUUUUUUGGUGUAUAUCCUUCCAAUGGUCAUGAAUCAUAUAUAACGAAUAUUUAGCAACU